AUGUUGAGCAAAAGUGGAUUUAUUUGGAAUCCAGUGCCGAAAAUUGUGGAGUGUAGUGAUGAAGUCUGGCCUACAUAUAUUGCUGCAAAUCCAGAUGCAAAAGGUUUGCAUGGUAAGAGGAUUGAUAUAAUUGAUGAAUUAGCUAUUGUGUGUGGCAAUGAUCAAGUAACUAGAGAAUGGACAUGUUCAGGUAAGGAUAUAAAUGCUAACUUGUCAAGGCAAAUGGAUAAGGCAAUGGAUCUGGACAUCAACAAGACAAUAAUAUUACCCAGAUACCAACACCAAGCAAAAGCAACCUUGGAUCUUCAAAGCACGUCAUUCAAAGAAGCCAAAAAUACAGAGAUUGUUGUUGAAAUAAUAAAUGUAGUUGCUAAUAACAUGACAAGACUAGCUAAUGCAUACGAAAAGAGUAAACCUUGCGUAAAUUAUUCGGACCUUUACAAAGUUGUAAUGGAUGUUGAAGCGCUUGGUAUUGAUAGUCGAAUGACCGCUUUUGAAUACUUGAAUACAGAUCCGGUCAAAGCGAGGACAUUUUUGAUAUAUCCUGAAGAAAUGCGCUAUUUGUUUUUAAUUCGACACUUAGCACAAGGUGGUGCCGGUGGUCAGCCGUCUACAGCGGUUACAGCCGGCGGCGGCUAUCCGGGUUUGAACAUUCUCAAAUUCGGAUAUCCCACAGGUGAAAAAGAUGGGGUCUGUUUAAUCUCUUUUGGGUUUCUGGCUAUAAAUGUUUUUGUUUGUCUCGUUGUUUUGGCUUGUGGUGCUGAUGGUGGUAGAUACGGUGGAGGAGUGAGAUUCUGGGAUUCGAACAGGAAAGAAGAAUGA